GUAGUCCACUUACAUGUACAAUGUAGUUGGUGUGGAUUUGACACAAUAGCACAUCGCAAUGCAUCGCAAAUUCGACGUGACUGACAAGAUGUCUGAUUAUCUGAACCAUCCUCUCCCCGAAACAGUUUGUCCCAGUGGGUACACAUACCGUCAGCCUAGCCAACUGUGCUAUAAGGCGUACAACCUGGAGAGGGACUACAGCGGUGCUAGAGCAACCUGUUCUUCUGACGGCGGAACCCUCGCCAUGCCCCGCGAUGCCGCCACCAACACCUUCCUCAUCAACCUGAAGAAUGCCGUCGAUAACAGCGCUUACUUCUGGUUCGGACUGACGGACAUCAGCCAGGAAGGACGCUGGGUGUGGGAGGAUGGCACUGCUCUUGGAGGUUUCAGUUCGUGGGAAUCAGGACAACCUGACAAUUCGGAUAACGAGGACUGUGGGGAGUAUCGUCCCGCAAAUCACCGCUUCGCGAACAAAUGGAACGAUAUGCCAUGUUCCACCAGAAGGAAGUUCAUUUGUCAAGAGGGGCAAACUUAACACCAUGGCCUUUAAACUAUCAGAACUGUGUGUAGUAUGUUUUCGCUUCCUUCAGGAACAAAUGGAGGGUCAUUCUGUGUUCCUACUGUCGACGAUAAACAUGCACACGACACGGAUAGUUUUGCUAUAUUUCAUACCUGUGGUGAUGGCAUCUGGUUGCGCACAAGUAUUUAUGUUCGUGCCGUGA